ACGCAUAUAUCGGCUUCCCUAGAACGGUCGGAUCUUCGUGAAUUCCCCCAUUUCUCUCUCGCAUUCAAUUUGGUCUUCUCUCUGCCAACAUUGUAUCCAAAUAAAUUCACAGCAAUUAGUCUGUAUAUAGGUUCGUAGUGUUUUUCUUUGUAAAUACAAGGGUUACAGGCGUAGAAUUUGUGCAAUUUGCUAUUUUUUUUUUUGUAAUUUCGCAGUUAGGGAUUUUUGAUGGGUUCGAGAGCGAGAUAUCCGCCGCCGGGAAUGGGCGGAGGCAGAGGUGGAGGUGGAGGUGGAGGCGGCGGAGGAAUGAACCCGAACGCCGGACCAAACCCUAGUUUUCAAUCGAGAAACCCCCCACAUCAGUAUGUACAAAGGAGCCCAGCUCCGAACAAUCAGAAUUAUCAAUUGUUUCAAAACCCUAACCCGCAGCAAUGGCAGCGAAGAACUCAGAUGCUGCCCGCCGAUUCAUCUGUCGACGAGGUAGAGAAGACUGUACAGUCAGAAGCCACUGAUUCCAGUUCACAAGAUUGGAAGGCGCAGUUAAAGUUACCACCACAGGACACUCGUUACAGAACCGAGGAUGUUACAGCUACCAAAGGAAAUGAGUUUGAGGACUACUUUCUGAAGCGUGAGUUGCUUAUGGGAAUAUAUGAGAAGGGUUUUGAGAGGCCAUCUCCUAUCCAGGAGGAGAGUAUUCCAAUUGCUCUCACUGGAAGCGAUAUAUUGGCUAGGGCCAAAAACGGGACGGGGAAAACUGCUUCCUUUUGCAUUCCUGCUUUGGAGAAAAUUGAUCAAGAUAAAAAUGCCAUUCAAGUUGUUAUUCUUGUCCCAACGAGAGAAUUGGCUCUUCAAACUGCACUAGUUUGUAAAGAACUUGGGAAACAUUUACAAAUUCAAGUUAUGGCUACUACCGGUGGAACUAGCUUAAAAGAUGACAUAAUGCGCCUCUACCAACCAGUUCAUCUUCUUGUUGGCACACCUGGAAGAGUUCUUGAUCUUGCCAACAAAGGUGUCUGCAUAUUGAAUGAGUGCUGUAUGCUUGUGAUGGAUGAGGCUGAUAAGCUUUUGUCACCGGAGUUCCAACCUUCUAUUGAGCAGUUAAUUCGCUUUAUGCCUACAAAUCGUCAGAUUCUUAUGUUCUCAGCUACAUUUCCUGUUACUGUAAAAUCUUUCAAAGAUCGAUACCUUCAUAAGCCCUAUGUCAUCAACCUCAUGGACGAGCUUACCCUCAAGGGUAUAACCCAGUUUUAUGCUUUUGUUGAAGAAAGACAGAAAAUUCACUGCCUCAAUACUCUUUUUUCGAAGCUUCAAAUAAACCAAUCUAUUAUUUUCUGCAACUCUGUGAAUCGAGUAGAACUUCUUGCCAAGAAAAUUACGGAACUUGGCUAUUCUUGCUUCUACAUUCACGCUAAGAUGCUUCAAGAUCAUCGCAACAGAGUAUUUCAUGAUUUUCGCAAUGGUGCAUGCAGAAAUCUUGUCUGCACUGACUUAUUCACAAGAGGAAUAGACAUUCAGGCUGUCAACGUCGUCAUCAAUUUUGAUUUCCCAAAGAAUUCAGAAACAUAUCUACAUAGGGUUGGUCGAUCCGGAAGGUUUGGACACCUUGGUCUAGCUGUGAAUCUGAUCACAUACGAGGACCGCUUCAACUUGUAUAGAAUUGAACAAGAAUUAGGGACCGAGAUUAAGCAGAUCCCUCCGAAUAUCGAUCAAGCUAUAUACUGUCUGUGAAUCUGGUGUUGGCUGGUAUUUAUUUACCCUUUCAUGGUUCGAAGCGGUAAUUUGGUGAUUUAUAGAAACUAAUGCAUGUUUUGUAUUGUCUGUGAGUUCAAUUAUAAUUGUUCUUAGGUCAAUUUCUAAAAAAAAAUACCCCUUUCUCCCAUUCAGUUGUUGACUUUUUUUUUCAUGUUAAUUGACCUUAGGUCAAAUAUGCUUAUGUUAUGUUAAUUGACCCUUUGAAGUUUGAACAGUUCAACUAAAAUUAUCAGAGAAGUUGUGUUUAAUUCGUGUAAUGUACUUGAAAAUCGUUUCUUUUAAUAACGGGCUAUAACCGACAUUUUAGUGUUGA